AAAAAAUUGUAUUAAAUCCUUUACAGAAAUAAGACAUGGAAUGUUCCAAAGUUUACGAAUCCGUGAAGGACCACUAUGGUCACCUUCAAGAUGACCGGAACAACCAAGUAUGUGUGACCUUAAGUUCAGAUGUCAGCAAAACAGUGAAGGAUGCACUGGCUGAUAUUCCCGAAGACAUAACUGCCAAAUUUGAUGGAUGUGGAUUGGUGGUUCCAGAGAAGGUGGAGGGAAGGAAGAUCUUGGAUUUGGGGAGUGGAUGUGGGCGGGACAGUUUUAUUCUCAGUAAGCUGAUUGGCCCGAAUGGUCAUGUGACUGGAAUUGACAUGACAAAGGAAAUGAUAGCCCUUUCAAGUAAAUACAUAGACUACCACAGAGAGAAGUUUGGAUAUAAAGAGGCCAACAUAGACUUUGUACAAGGCUACAUUGAGAAGCUGAGAGAAGCCGGGCUGAAGGAAAACAACUAUGACAUCAUCAUAUCAAACGGUGUUAUAAACCUCACCCCAGAUAAAAAAGCCGUUCUGAAGGAAGCUUACACAGUUUUGAAAGAUGGAGGAGAACUCUACUUCAGUGAUGUUUAUGCAGAUAGAGAGCUGGGCUGUUCGGUCAGAAAUGACAAGGAGUUAUGGAAUGAAUGUCUAUCUGGCACCCUGUAUUGGAAAGAUUUGCUUUGUAUAGCAAAAGAAGUAGGCUUCAGUAGACCAUUUCUUGUAUCAGCAACUCCAUUUGCAGUGAAUAAGGAAGACUUUAAAAGAAAAUUAGGUGAUGCGCGUUUCGCAUCCGUGACUUAUCGCCUGUUCAAGCUUCCUUCGGAUGCAAAUGUUGCACCGACACAAGUCAUCUAUAAAGGGACUAUUCCAGACCACGAGAAGAGAUUCAAAUUUGAUGUUAAAAACGUAUUUAAGAAAGGAGAGGCCCUUAAAGUUACAGGACCUGUGGCAGCGUCCCUGAAAUGUUCUCGAUUCUCAGAUGACUUUGUGUUCCAGCCAGUCACAGAGGACGUAUGUGGACCAAACGAGAUGAAAUUAGAAAACCCAUUCGACUACUUGGAUAUCCAACCCUAGAAUGCUGUUGUACUGGAUGUAUUAAUUCCUGUGGACGUCUGUUUACUGAAGAAAAAGAAUAAAUGAUUCUCAUAUGUUAUAAUACAAAGCUUAAUGACAUGUAAAGACUUGCCAUGCAAACAUUUAUAUGUAGGCUUCAGAUUUUGUCGCUUUUCAAAAUAAUCUAUCAUUACCUCUGCUUUGGAUAUAUAUGUAAAUUUCACAAUUAAAGUAACUCUUUCAAAAGAACGUGCACGUGUUUGUCAUUUUUAUGAAUACAUUUACAGUUUAUAUGAAUAAUAUUGAUUUAUUAUACCUCUUAUCAGAACAUCA